GCGCUGGAAUCAAAUAUGUCUCCAAAGACUUUGGUGUUUUGACAUUAAGACAAGUUGUUAACAAUAUUCAAUUUAAAUUUGUUUUCAAAAACGGAUAUGGGAUCCACAAUAAUCUCGGAAGCCAACAGCUUCGUUAAAUUUCUUAAGUUGUGUCAAGAUGAAAGUAAAGACUCUGUGUAUAUGGAUGAUGUUUCAGUACUGGUGGGAAAGAAUGAUGAGCUUUUGCACAACAUUAUCAACAAAAACCAGCCUUUCUUUAUCUGUGAGAAAGCACGAAUGAAGUUUGAACCAGAACCUACAGAAAGUCUAGUGGAGGAUGGCAGCCUUGUUGAAGAAGUACCUAUAAAAAUAGACCAAGACCUGGGGCCUGAGCCCCUCUCUGUCAUGAAAGCAAGGCAGCUGCUGUCGUGGUACACCAUGGCUCAGAAUUCAGCUAUGCCCUUGAUAGAGGCCCCAGGGACCUUACACCCUCUCUGGGUCCGCUGUGACAAGUCAGACCCAUGUGCCACUGCCUGGCUUGGGGCAGAGACUAUCUACAAUGGAAAUAAGACAACUGGAAUCAAACUUUAUACAGUCAGCUGCAAAGAUCCAACAGGAGUUGAAUCCUCAUUCGCCACUUUGGAUGACCUCAAACAGGAGCAUCAGAAAAGACACCACCCCUCUACAAUGGUGACCAAAGGCUGGGCACAAUACAACCUGUUCUGCUCAAUGAAAGAGGAGAGCAUGGUGUUUGAGUCUCAGAGCAGUGUAAUAGCAAACCUCAAAUGGAACAAUGUGGAGAAAAUGUUGGAGUGUCCUCCAUUGUCUUCUGUCGCUACUCUGAAUAUCAGAGUUGCAGUUGGAGACAUAAGGAGUCCAAUGUAUCAGACCUACAGAGAGAUGGAGUUCCUUCUGGCUCUUGCAGAAGGUUUGAGGACUGGAGAAACUGAAUGGUUGGAACCCAUGGAGACUCAAUCUGCUGUUGACUUAACCAGUGGUCUCAUAGAAGAGCUUGAGAGUAUUGCACAUGGAGUUCUAGGAAACACUGCCAAAGCUUCUGAGAGCCAGAAGACUAAGAUGGAUGCAACAGCUGCCUUCAGUUCAAUGGUCAUUGAGAGAGGAGACCUCGACUUUACAGAACAGCUGUGGGAGAAGAUGAGGAGGAGUGUAACUUCAUUUGAAGACAUAACAGAUUGUCUGAAAAUUGUCAUCAAAGCAGUGAGACAUGGUCAAAUCAAACCUUGGAUCCACAAAGACAGCAGUAGCUCUCUCAGUAAGAUGAUUCUCAAGUCAUACCAGCAGCAGAUAGAUGCGGUGCCUCUAACCGGCCUUACACCUGCCAAUAUGCUGCUUGAGUUGGGCUUAGACAAGAUAAGGAAAGACUUUAUCAACUAUCUUGUUGGAAAGGAACUUACAACGCUUAACUAUUUGAGUUACUACUUGGACACUGAGGUGGAGCUGCAGGAGCAGGUGAUAAGAGUGAGGAAACUGCACCACCUGCUGGAGAUCCUGGGUACCUGCAGCACUUUCCUCAGUCUGCCACAUGACCGUCUCUUCUUGUUCACUCAAUCUUGUUUGCAGUACUAUAAAACCUCCAACUAUGAUGAAGACCACGUGUUCCAAGUGCAAAUUAAGGCUGCACUCAUAAGCUACUUUUAUGAGAAGGAGCAGCCGUUCUCCUGGGCCGUGGAAGUGUCAAGUGGACAAGGGUCACGGGAGGUCAAGACAUCAUAUUACCUCAGUGACAAGUCAUUGGUGGACCACAUCAGCUUUGACUUGGAUUUACCCCUGGAUGUUUCGGUGAACGGAGAGAAUGAGACAAUGUCUUACUACAGGACUAUGGUGAGCUGCAGUCUCAUCAGCUUUACUUAAAACCGAUGGAUCUUCUUGUACACGGAUGGAACUCUACUAUCUUUCCUUUUGUGUGUAUGUAACUUGCCUUUGUUCUGUUGUUACUUACACCACAUUCAAUGCACAGUUUAUAAAAACUUAUUUAUAUUUUACGAUUUGGUAUCAUCUGAUAAUAAAUAUUUGUCCAAGACAAAAGAUCAUAAUUUGGAUCAUUCAAAUUCAAUUAGAUCAUCCAUCAUGUCUCAGCAAUUUAAAGUGAAAUUUCUGCUUAAUAUUGUCUAUUGUAUGUAUAUAACCAGCAGUUUUUUGGUUAUAAGCAAAUAAACAGGACAGAAGUACCUCUCGCUGAUGGGGAAAUCCAUUAGAACUUAUGAUGCGUUUAUAAAACUGAACAGAGGCCUUGGGGUACCGAGGUUUGUUUUUGUUCUUG